CACUGCUUACCUAGCACUUGUUAUUUGGAAAAAUCAAGCUGCUUAGGCAGCACCUAGAGCUGUACUUGGAACUUGAUAGUAGCUAAUGUGUUUCCUAAAGUAACGCCCGGUUCCCCCGGGGAAUUAUAUUUGGUAUUCGUUCUCUUGAGACUCGGGUCUUUUGGCAAAACUGUUGAUUCUCACAGGAUUUUGUCAAGCGUGUAAGGUAUACGUUGGAAUGACAUUUUAAAGCUGCAAGGGGCCUUAGAGGAAAUCCAGUUCAUCCCUCUCAUUUUACAAUCAAAGACACCCGGCCUAAAGAACGUGUAGCUUGAUCGAAGCCCUACAUCUUUUGAGUAACUGGACUGUAGGGCUCUAGGCCUUGAUUAUUGGGCUCUGCACCACACCAGGAGCACAGUGCCGGUUUAACCCACUCACUGUAGAGACUGUCUGCCAGAGGUGAUAUACUUGCCUUGAUUCAGAUUAUUGAGAAACCAGGCUUGGCCAUUGUGUGAUGGCUCUGUUAUUUUAAGGAAUGGGGUUGGCAUUAUCUCUAGGUGAAAUAGACUCCCUAUGAUGUACUUUGGGGCUCAAAGCCUGUCUCCAAAAUUCAGCCGUAUUAUCUGCAAGAAUAACCAAUGUUUGCAGCAUUGGUUGCUUCCUUAGGUUAAGGCAUCAAAGAUCUGUUUAGCAAGCAAUCUGGAUGUGUUUUGGUUAAGGGUAAACUAUCCAUGAUCAGAAAACAGUCCCUUAAUAGGGCGUAGGAUACUGGGAUAGCACGUGUAAUAGUUUCAUUUUGGUUUUGUUUGUUUGUUUGUUUGGAAUAGAUUAGUUCUGAUAGCUGGGAGGUUACGGGAAACCGUGGAAGGUCACAAGGAUGGUUAGCGACAAAGCAGGGAGGGGCGUCACAUGACAUGCUAUACCUUUUUGCCCAGCCCUUCCCUGAAUGUCUUAUUUGGAAGCAGUGGAAAUGGGUUCUCCUCAGCUUGUUCGCUGUUUACUGAGCACCAGCAGUGGCUAGCCACUUUCAUAGAUGAAUUAGCCACAAUGGACACAGGUAGCCAUAGCCUUGUCCUCCUGCAGCAGCUGAACAUGCAGCGAGAAUUUGGUUUUCUGUGUGAUUGCACAGUUGCUAUUGGAGACGUUUACUUCAAAGCCCACAGAGCAGUGCUUGCUGCUUUUUCUAACUAUUUCAAGAUGAUAUUUAUUCACCAAACAAGUGAAUGCAUAAAAAUACAACCAACUGAUAUCCAACCUGACAUAUUCAGCUAUUUGCUGCACAUUAUGUACACGGGGAAAGGGCCAAAACAGAUUGUGGAUCAUAGUCGCCUGGAGGAAGGGAUUCGAUUUCUUCACGCCGACUACCUUUCUCACAUUGCGACUGAAAUGAAUCAGGUGUUCUCACCAGAGACUGUGCAGUCCUCCAAUCUGUAUGGCAUUCAGAUCUCAACAACCCAAAAAACAGCUGUCAAACCGGGGCUGGAGGUCAAAGAAGCUCCUGCCAGUAACAGUGGCAACAGGGCUGCUGCGCAGGGCGACCACCCCCAGCUGCAGCUCUCUCUCGCUAUUGGGCUGGAUGAUGGCACUGCCGAUCAGCAGAGGGCCCGUCCUGCUGCCCAGGCCUUGGAGGAACACCAGAAGCCCCCAGUGUCCAUCAAGCAGGAGAGAUGUGACCCAGAGUCUGUGAUCUCCCAGAGCCAUCCCUCACCCUCAGCGGAGGUGACAGGCCCCACUUUCACCGAAAGCGGUAUCAAAAUACACUUAUGCCAUUACUGUGGGGAACGUUUUGAUUCCCGUAGUAACCUAAGACAACAUCUCCAUACCCACGUGUCCGGAUCCCUCCCGUUUGGUGUCCCUGCUUCCAUUCUGGAAAGCAACGACCUUGGUGAAGUGCAUCCGCUUAAUGAAAACAGUGAGGCUCUUGAAUGCCGCAGGGUCAGCUCCUUCAUUGUCAAGGAGAAUGAGCAGCAGCCUGACCACUCAAACCAGGGUACCACCGAGCCUCUGCAGAUCAGCCAAGUGUCUCUGAUCUCCAAAGACUCAGAGCCAGUAGAAUUAAACUGUAAUUUUUCUUUUUCAAGGAAAAGAAAAAUCAGCUGUUCCAUCUGUGGUCAUAAAUUUCUCCGAAAAAGCCAACUGCUGGAACACAUGUAUAUACACAAAGGUAAAUCUUCCAGAUACAACCGAUGCCAAAGGUUCAGUAAUGCGGUAGCCCAGAGAUUUCAGCCGUACUGUGACAGCUGGUCUGAUGUCCCCCUGAGAAGUUCUUGCUUGUCGCAAGAACAGUUAGAUUCAUCCUGUGCCUUAGAGUCAGAGCUCACACAAGAAAGUGUGGACACUAUCCUUGUGGAGUAGCACUUUCUCCUCCAUAAUUUUUAUACCAAUUCUGAAAAAAAAUCCACAUGCAUUUUUUUAUUCAUAAACUCUCUUCCUCCUCAACGUCUGUUCGCUUUUUUCUUUGCCAUUUAUCCAUAGCUUUAAGGUGGUAUAUAUUGGGUCUUAUUGUAAGGUAUGUUAUACACAUGGCUAUUAAAAUGUAACCUUCAAGUAGAGCCGUGAACCGUUCAUAAAUCGCAAUUACGCAAUCAGAAAUCAGUGUAAGAAUUAUGGAACUUUAGAGUAAAUAUUUAUAGAAUUUCUAAGUAGAAUCAGUAAAACCAAAUUGAAAAUGAAGUAAAUGAAAUUUUUUAAAGAAUACUCUAGACUAUCAGUUUUGGCUAAUUUUUCACAUGAAUAAGCCGCUGUAAAGACUAUUUAAAAUAUUUUCUGGGGCGCUGAGGGGGCUCAGUUGGUUGAGUAUCCAACUUCUGCUCAGGUCAUGAUCUUGCCAUUCUGAGUUCGAGCCCCACAUGGGCUCUGUGCUGACAGCUCGGAGCCUGGAGCCUGCUUCACAUUCUUUGUCUCCCUCUCUCUGCUCCUCCCCCACUCACACUCUGUCUCUCAAUAAUAAAUAAACAUUAAAGAUUUAAAAAUAAUAAAAAACAAUAAUAAUAUUUUCUGCCACAUAGGGAGUUAAAGUUAUUUCUAAUGCAUAACUAUAUAAUGUAUAAAAAUUUUGUUUUAAGGCAUAGCUAUAAUAAAUCAUGAGUAGUUUUAAAAUCACUUUUUACUUAUUAGCUCUGCAGCAUCUUGCAUGGCUUUUAUUUAUUUUUUCACAUUGAGAAUACCUCAUUGUUAAUGAAAAAUAUUUUAGUGAAAAGAGAGAAAUGGAGGAGAUUCAAACAGGAAAACAAAAUCCUAAGCAGAGAAACAGAAAUGUUCAUACACCUAGGUAAACAGAGCUUCAGACAGAACUGCCUUGACUAACACCAAUGUUGUUACCUUAAUCUAGAACGUUUUCUUAAGGAUCUUAAGAGAAAUUUGAGAUUUUUUUAUAACCAGAAAUUUACAUCAGCUUAGAGAGGAAAAUGAUAAAAUACAAAUUGUCUUUCUACCCUCAGCGCCCGAGGAUUUUCUAGGCUGCCUAAGUUGAUGUUAAUUUUCUAUCACUUGCAGAAGUAGUUUUUCAGUGACACAGUUUUCAUUUGUUUCUGGUCCAUAAAACUAACAGUACACACAGUGUCCUAGAACUAUGUCUAAAGUCCAUGAUAGCUUUCCCUUUGUGAAUAACCUUAGCUCCCUUUUAUAACAGUGAAACUUACAAAGCUAAAACACCAGAAAAAUUUAAACUGAUGGGCUAAAUGAUAGAUUGUCCUGCUUUAUGUAGCUGGAGAAUAGCUGGUCAAACUUCACCACAAAGGAUAGAUCUAAAUUGUUUCUGAAAUGUUUAAAUUUCAAAGAUUAGUCAAGAAUAACAAAGCAGAGAGGCUUUAAAACAGCCUCAUCUUUUUUGUGUGUGCUGCCCUGUUAAAUUCAAAGCCUCACAGACAUUUUAAUAAAUCUGGCUUGUGAGGCUUACAAUUUAACUGUAUACAGAAACUCUGAGCUCCUUUAUUGACUGCAUCCUUCUGAAGACAUCUCCUGACAGCAUCAGAGUGGAGUCAGAAGGGAGCUGAAAGAGUAAUCCAGCCCAUUCUAAGGGCACAAAGGUUUUCUCUGGGUAAACACUGAGUUUAGGUGACUUAUAAAGUGGUAAGUUAUUCUUGAAGGCUGAAUGAAGAAACUACUGGGCAUUGUCUAAGGCAGUAGCGUUUCUCCCUCAGACAAAUGACUAAAACUUCCUGGGGUCAAGAUUGUUAUGUGUUGAGAAUAAAAUCUAACUAGCUGUUUUUAUAGUAGCAGUUACAUUGGGAGUGGCUAAAAACAAAUGUGUUGCUCUUGGGGGUGAGAACUUCAUCUAAUCUUAAACUUAAGUCACUUAAACAAUGAUUCAAACUUUUCUGCCCUCAAAGAUUUCAUCUCAUAGGGUGAACACACAUCUUAACAUCGAUUUCAUGUAUUUUAGGCUACUCAUGAUAUACUCCUCGGCCUUCUUCAAGUGAAAUUUUAUUUUUCUCACUAGGAUGACAGUUUUUCUGAUUUCUUCCUUCUCUGUUUUCUUCUUGCUCAGUCAUUAGUCCUUGACACAAGAAGUGCGUAGCUGAAGGGUGGGACUGCGGGUGCAUAUGAGUUGAGGUGUAGGGUAGCAGUUCAGGGCAGAGUCUGGAGAAAUUGUGUUUGCUUGUGGCUGAUUGGCCACGGCGGACAUUAAUUUAAAGCUGAAAUAUAUUUAUACUUAUUAGACGUUAAGAACAUAAUGGUUAAUUGUAUUUUUAUUCUCAUUCAUUUAGUUCCUUUUAAUGUUAGAAAUUCAGAGCAAAUGUUCUUUCUUUUAGUCUUCAUAAUAUUCUAUUUUAGGAAGUGGGAAAAUGUUAACUCCAUUUUAUAGGAAAAAAGUCCCAAAAGGUGGGUUGCAGAGAAUCAGUGAAUAGUGGUGUGGGAACUGACCCCUGUUUAAUUUUUUUCAUUCAUUCAACAGGCAUAUUCUAAAAAUAACUUACACGUAUAAUUAAUACUGUGCCCUGAGUGUAUUUUUUUAAGAUUUGAUUCCUUAC